AUGGGUGUACCUUCUUUUUAUAAAUGGUUAACUGAAAAGUAUCCAAAAAUAACCUGUACAAAUUAUUUAUUGGAAAAUAUAGAAAAUAAUAAUAAUAAUGAUAAUAAUAAUAAUGAAAAUGGUAAUGGAAAUAAUAAUAAUAAUCAUGGAAAUAAGGAAAAGAAAAAGUUGAGAUUAAAUAAUCUUUAUAUUGAUAUGAAUGGUGUGAUUCAUAAUUCUACGCAUGCAAAGAAUUCAACAACUUUGUCACCGGUUGAAUCCGACGAUGUUUGUAGAAUGAACUUGUUGAAGAAUCUCGAUGAAUUGGUGGGAACUGUUCAGCCAACCAAUCUGUUGUACAUUGCAAUGGAUGGUGUACCACCACGUGCCAAAGCCAUCGAACAACGAAAGCGAAGAUUCCGUUCUGCCAAAGACGCAAAGGAUGCUCUCUCCAAGCGUUUACCAAGCGAUCCAGUAUUCGAACCGUUCGACUCCAAUUGUAUUUCGCCAGCAACUGAAUUCAUGUGUAAGGUGAACGAGUGGGUUCUCACCUAUGCCCAAGCACUGGUGAAGCGAAUGCCAUCCGUCUCCAUUGUUGUCUCCGAUGCUUCGGUCCCGGGUGAAGGUGAACACAAGAUCAUUGAUUUCAUUCGUGCGCAUCGUGAACAUUGGCCAUCGGAUACCAGUCACGUCUUCUAUGGUAUGGAUGCAGAUCUCAUUUUCCUUGGUCUAUCGACACAACUCUCACAUUUCUUUGUGCUUCGUGAUCUCGGUGCUCAGAUUUAUUGCUCCACCUGUAAGAACAAUGGACAUCUGUGUUACGAGUGCGAGUGUGCAGUUGCCAAGAAGCGUAUGAACGAUCCGGAACGAUCCAGCCGUCUCUCCAUUAGAAACAUUCCAAUCCAGGCGGACGAAGAGUAUAUUCGAUCGUUUUUCGGAAGAUUCGGAAAAGUUUUGAAUGUUCGAUUGGAACGAGCACUCACCAAGCGUCCAUCGCUAACUGCAUACGUCGAAAUGGACAGUGUGGAAUCAGCUAGAAGUGUAUUGGCAUAUGGAGCAAACUAUUUUAUCAACGACACUAAACUGUCGGUACACUAUGUCGUUGAGAAAGUAGUGUCGCCUGCCACUGCCGCUGGCGGAUCGACUACACCACCAGCUGCUGCCGAUCAAGAGGAUAUCGAUAAUGUUCCACUCAAGGCUAUUUUCAUUCCAAACUUGGAUGUUAGAACUCAGAUGUUCGAUGUCAAUGCAUUCUUCUCUGGCUGUGGAGCCAUCGAAGACUCUACAUUUAUCAAAUCACCAAAAGAUCCAAAAAUCAAGUUUGUUGUCAUAAAGUUUGUUGAAGAGGAAUCAGCUAAGCGUGCAUUGGCCAUGAAUGGUGUAGAUUUCUAUGGAACCAGUCUCAUCAUCAGAAAAUCAAGACCCAUGACCAAAGAACCAAAAGCACCACUUACAGACCAACAAAAGAAACAAAAAGAUCAAGAAAAAGAAGAUAAAAAGUUGAAAAAACUUGAAGUCGUAAAUGAAUUCUUGACCAAAGCAGAUCCAAACACAAACAUAGAUACUGCUUAUUUUUAUUUAGGUAUGGCAGAAUGGAAUAUAGAAAAAGCAUUUGAAACAUAUUUAGCAUAUGGAAAAUCACAACAUAAAUUGUUGUCCGAUACACCAACAAUGAGAGAUGAUGAUUCAUUUGAUUUCGUUAAUCUCGAUUACCUUAAGGAAUACUUUAGAUAUUCAGUGUUGUCUGGACUGUCUGAAUCUGUAGCAUCACGUGUCGAUUGUAAUCGUAUGAUCAAUGACUUUACCAUGAUGUGUAUGUUGCUUGGUAAUGACUUUUUACCACACCUCCCAACAAUGGCUAUUAAAGAAGGUUCAAUCGAAUUGAUGAUGACAUGGUAUAGAGAUUGGUUAUCAUCAUUCAAAGAUGAAUCAUCAACCAUUCAAUAUUUAACAGAUGGUCCAAAUAUAAAUUAUAAACCAUUCCACAAAUUAUUAUUGAUGUUAUCAAAAUGGGAAUCAUUAUAUUUCCCAGAUAAAUUGGAAAAGAUGUACAAGAAGGAGAUAUUCAGAUUGGAUAAUCUUUUAAAGACAAGUCCACACUUGGAAUCGCAUAGAAGAAAUUUAGAUGGUGAUAUCAAUUACUACAAGUUAAAGAUUGGUGUUACCAUUGACAAGGUUGAGGAGACUGCCAAUGAUAUCUGUAAGGCUUUUGUCGAUGGUUUGGCUUGGGUACUUAGAUAUUAUACUGUUGGAUGUCCAGCUUGGAGUUGGUACUAUCCAUAUCACUAUGCGCCAUUGAUAUCGGAUUUGGCCAAAUUUGUUGAGAAACAAUCGCAAGUCUACAACGAUACUAAGCAUAUUGUCUUUGAUUAUGGCGCACCAUUGGAGCCAUAUAUUCAUCUGCUGAGUGUUCUCCCACACUACAGCUCCAAGCUGUUGCCACCAAAGUUGGCCGAUUCCAUUGUACGUGAGCCAGCUCCACUGUCUAGAUUGUUUGAAGAACGAUUUAGAAUCGAUCCUAACGGUGAGGAAGUCAGUUGGAAAGGUGUUGUGCUGCUUGAUUUCAUUAAUACCAAUGUGCUAAAGGAGCAUGCCUCCCCGAUUAUCAAAGAUCAACUGAGUGCAGAAGAAUUGGAGAGAAAUAAAUUUGGAAAGGACAAGUACAUAAGAUUCAACAGCGAGAUAUUGGAUAUCAAUCAGCAUCUCGAUGUGGUGAAGCAGCAGUCCACCGAUAGGGAGCAAGGCAAACACAAGUUGGAGAUCGACAAUCACUAUCAACCACUGUCGCAAUUGGAUCUGUUGUGGUGUGAGCGAAAGUUCUACACUUUGAGUCCAAACACACCGGACAGCUACGAGCAACUACCGAUUGCACAUCCAAUGAUCAAUCCACCAACCUCGACACUACCGACCGAAGUAGUAAUCAGUGACGAACAAAAUCAAUUUUUAGAGUGGCGUGAGAAGCAAUCGCACGUCGAAGGUUCACUCGAGACUCUCAUGUCGUCGGUCGAUCUCAACAAGUCAUUCACAGUCGGUGUCAACAAGAAACUAUCGACCCCACUAGAUCGUGUUCUAUCGAAUGAAAUCUCAAAGACCAAACAUAUUCAAUUGGUAUCCGAUGUAGAUCAACAAAUGUUAAUACAUAUUCAAUUUAACAAACAAACUAAAUUGAAUGGUUUGAAAUUAAUAUCAACAAUUUCAAAGGAAACAACACCAAAAGUAUUAAAAGUAUAUUUUAAUCAACAAUCAGUUGAUUUCAGUAGUUUACAAAGUUUGAAACCAGCUUUUAGUUUCGAGUUGGAUGAGCUUAGUUGCUCGCUGAUCAGUGACUACCAAGCAUUCGGUCAAACAAAAAUACAUCAAGCCAACUCUAUAACACUAUUCGUAGAAUCCAACCACAGUUCAUCCGAUGAUUGUAAAUCAAUAAUUGAAAAGAUUUUAGUUAUGGACUCUGUUUGGUCAUUAAAGAUAAAUGAUGAUUUAAAUAGCAGUUGUGUCAGUGUCACUGAUCAUAGUGGUACAACAACAACAACAACAACAACAAGUCGUGUAGCUAAUGAUAAGAUAAAUAAUAUCCAACAAAAUGUUGUUGUAGUAAAGAGUAAAGAUAAUAGUAAAGAUGAUCAUUCAUUGAUGGAUUUAGAUAGUGAAAUCAAUCAAAUGUUAGAUGAUAAUUCAAAUAAUGAUGUAGGAAAUGGCAGCAGUAAUAAUAACAAAAAUAAUAAUAACAAAGAGAAUAAAGAUAUAUUAUCAUAUUUGACAUUGAAACACGAUUGGUCAAACACUCAAUAUAGACAUCUACUUCCACAGUUGACAACACCUGCUGCCGUUCAACUAGUUGCUUGGUCUACAGAUAACUUUAUUGCAUUCGUACUGAACGAGCGUAGAGAACAAUUAGAUCUAUUCGAUUUCGAUGAUAUCAAUAACAUUAAUAAUAACAGUACUAAUAAUAAUGUUAUAAAUAUAAAUGAUGGAUUACAACAACAACAACAGCAGCAACAAAAGAAUAACAGUAGUAAUAGUAAUAGUAAUAAUGGUGGUAAAGAUUAUGCAACUAUAUAUGUUGUUAGAGUUGAUCUACCACAUGAGUAUAUGGCGAUUAGAACUAAACAUACAUCAGCUAUCAAGUACUUGGAAUGGUCUAAUCAAGUGCAAGGUUCGUUAUUGAUGUCUGUAGAUCUUCAGAACAAUCUGUCGUUGUGGAAGAAACUAGAUCAGCUAGAUGAUUGGGAACCUACCAUGCCAUCUACAUUGAACAUACCUUACCUCCUCUUAUGUAAAUGGAUAACGAUCAAUGCAUCCUAUCUACCUAUUGAUUGUCAACUACAAGAACAAGAACAAGAACAACAGCAACAGCAACCACGACCAUCACCAUUACAACAAUUCAAUAACAAUCCAACCAAUGAAAUAGUUACACAAACAUUCAUUACAUUAUCAAAAGAUGGAAAGAUUAAUAUAGUUACAUAUAAUCUAUUAGAUUCAAGUUGGAAACAAAUUCAAGGAGAGAUUAUCAUACCUAUGUACUAUUCAAUUGAUUGUGCAGAUGUGAUAUCGCUCAAAGAUGAGACAAUCAUGAUUGCUAUUUACUCUGAAAAGAUGGGAAAUGUCAUAUUAUUAUAUAAAGUUACAUAUGAUAUCUAUACCAAUUAUGUACAUGUCUAUCAAAUAGAUAGAAUAAACUUGAACGAUUAUAUAGAGUCUGACGAUAUACUGUUGAAUACAAAGAGAAAUAUAAAGGUAAACUCUAUUGUAUUUGACAACUCUGACAACGCAUUGAUCGUUCUAAAGAGUGGUUUGAAGUGUUCGAUACUCUAUCGUUGGGAGAAACGUGAGAAUCACCAAUCGCAACAUAGUGCCAUAUUAUCUUUGUUUGGUAAUGGUUCAACUUCACACCGAGACGUAACCGAAUGGACAUGUACAAACAAACAAUAUUAUUUUAACGAUAACAGCAACAGCAACAAUAAUAAUAAUAGCAAUAAUAAUCAAGAGAAUAGUGAAGAUGAUGAUGACGAUGUACCUUUAAUUACAUCUAUACAUUUUACACAGGUAACAGGUGUGUUAUGGUUGAACUUUUCCAAUGGUAAACUAGAGUGUAUAAAGAGUAGAACGUUUGAACCGAUCUCCAGUUCGAUGCUCUCUGACAUCAAUGGAAAUAGCUGUGCCGACGAGAGAGUCUUGUCAAUUGCAACAUCACCUAACGGUGCACUAGCUGCCUAUCUUAGUAACGAGAAUAGAAUUCAGUUGUUGUCACUUCCCAUUAGAACGAUUAAAGCCAACAAGAAUCAAGUGUCUACUUGGUUGUCACAUCUAUUCCAACAUUCUAUUCUUCGAUCUACCGACUGGUGGGAUCUCCUUGUUCUCCUAAGAAUCUAUUCAAACACACCAGAGACACACGAUACCUAUCACCAUGUAAUAGUUAAACUAUCAACUGAAUGUCAACAUUAUUAUCCAAAUACCAAUAGUAAUAAUAACAGCAACAACAAUGUUAACAACAACAACAACAAUAAUAAUAAUACUGGAUUAUCAUCAUCACAAUGUAAAUCAACUUUAGAUGCAAUUAGAGCUACUAUCUAUAGAAUGGUGAAUGGUAGAGAGUUGGCAUUCAUUGAUUCUCAAGCAAAAGCAUUCAUCUACUACCUACAGGAUACUCUAAAGUCAUCGUAUCAACCGUUGUGCCAAGAGACAGGAAAUCCUGAAGACAAAGAAAACAUGUCGUACCUCAUUGACUGGGCAAUCGAUUUUACUUAUUUCUUCUUGCGAAAUGCAUUCUACAUUGAUCUAGUUCACAAGAAAGAUUCUGCUCUUAUGUUUAAUGUCCCACAAGAGUUUAUGAAUGUAGAGGUUUCAAGUUAUUAUCCAUUAUAUUAUUUAGAAAACAAACCACCAAAACCAUUCUCUUUUCCAUUUAUAAGUUUACUUUAUGAUAUUAAUGUUUUAUUGGCUUUGUUUGAGUUGUUAAACUUAUCAAAAGCAUUCAAAGAGAAAUACUCUGUUCAAAGUAACAAAGUCAGGUUUAAAGUAUCCGAUGCCAAAUUAUUAUUGGAUAUAUUUGGUCCAUUAUUGAAUGAUCUUUGUGUGAAGCUUGUAGAUCCUUAUGAUGUAAAAGAUGUUCAAACCUUUAUUAAAGACAAUUAUAUGUCUAUUGUAACAUCACAAAAUCCAAUGCCAAAUAUACCGAUCUACAAAUCGUUUACCUCUGACCGACUACAAACCUAUACUGAAGAGAUGCUACAACUAGUCAAACAGUACAUUCCACAGAGUAUCAACAAAGAUAUCAAUGAGAUUUCAAUGACCAAUACAUUCACUAUUCUUGACUUGGACCCACCACUCGAUGGAUUCUUGGAUCAGAAUCCAAUUACAACUAUCGCCACUACAACUGCAGCAGCGGCAGUUACAGCUUCUACUGCCAAUACAACAGUACCACCAAACCAACAGAAACAACCAACAACAACAACAACUACUACUACUACUACUACUACUGCUACAAACACUAACAUAAAUAGUACAACCGGCGAAAUUACACCAGUAAGCUUUAAAUAUGCUCCAAAAUGUUCAGACUACAUCAAUAUGGUUUAUGACAUAAUUACACGUAUUCCAAUUCCAACCAGAAUAGAAAAACCAAUCAAGAAAUAUUUUACAUCAACAAAAACUAUUACAGCAACAGCAACAACAAAAAUUUUACAACAACAACAGCAACCUGUUCAACAGCCGAUUUAA